AUGGCGUACUUGAUCAGCAUUCCCAACGAGCUCAAAGACGCAGUUUUCACUGAGGUAGACCGUUGGGAUGUCCUUAGCCUCUCCGAAACGUGCAAAGAAUUACACACCACGGCUACUCCAGCUCUUUACCACAAAAUCGUCAUGUUCUGGGAUGUUGAAGAGGUAGACAAAACGCCGAAGAUUAGGGCACGAUGGGGCCCGAACUCCCGUAUGAUAAAAACAUACAACUUUCGGGUCGUGAGCCACUGCCCAACUGCGCAUGGUGAGACAGAAGCAGCCUUGUUUGAGAAAGCGAUUGAAGAGAUGGAAUUGCCGCAGAAAGAGAGGUGGAAGAAAGCGAUUACCCGGGACAACGACGUUGGUGCUAUGAUAGCACUGCUACUGGCGCGAUGCACAGACCUUCAGUCUCUCAAGAUCGCUCUCGAUGUUCUCUAUGGGUACGAAUGGUCGACUACGAUGUUGCGGCAUGCGAUAAUCGUCCCUGGCGAAGUGAAGAGGUCGUCAAAUUUCAAUCGCCUGGUAAAUGUAGUGGAGUGGGGUCCGAGUCUCGGUCGCGACCGGUUACAACCAUUUCCAUAUCCCAAGGAGAACCUUCUUGCCGCGCAGCUUGCCGAAAGCUAUGCUAACGGCAAACGUCCCUUCUGGCCGCUCCAUCAUCCGCCAGUCGGGACUAAUCUUGCUACCCUAGAACUCAUCGGCGAAGGGCAUGCACCUAUCGAAAGUGCCGCCGUCUUGCUGAAACUAGCGCCCAAGCUCACCACGCUGGAAUAUAACAUCCAGCUAGACGGGACCGGCCGUCUGGCGCUCGGUCAGCUGCAGCGGAGGCUGCAUCACCUCCGCAACACUCUCUCAUAUCUCAUAAUCACAUAUCAAUUCGACGUUAUUGAGAGCGAAGUGUCCGAUUCGAAUUCCAUCGACGCCGUCGGCUUCUUGCGCGACUUCACUGCCUUGACGUGUCUCCACGUUCCUUUGGCGAUUCUCUUUGGUCCCAUGCCUCCGUGCCAUUGGGAUACAUCCGAUUCGGACGAUAACGACCUGUGGGAUAUUCCUACCUUCGAGAGCUGGAUGAAAGAGCCGCUUAUAGCACUGUUGAAGGCUUUCUUCGACGAGGAAUUCAAGAUUGCGACACCGCAGCUGAGAAAGGUUGUGUUGGAUCUGCGAGAUUACUGGGCGGGUCAAACAACGUAUUGGUGUAAGGAGGCGACUCGGGAAGAGCUGCGAUAG